AGCCCAAACUUGGGCGCGUCCGGUGACGGAGUGAGCCGGAGCCGUGUAACCGCAGCCUUCUUCGACUCCUCUCCGUUGUCCCGGUCUCCCCUACCUGACCUCGGCUCGUCUACCCUGCCCCCGACGCGAAGCAACCGCGGGGUGCAGGACUCCACUCGCACGCGGCCGGCGAGGUAACCAACUCCGUUCUCCCCUUCCCGUAUUCCCCCCCUCCGCGCGCACGCAAGCGUUCGGCCUCCGCCUCCCACUCGACGCACGCGCCCUGCCUUCUAAGCCUAGACUCCCGGCGCAACGCAGACGUUUCAACGCCGCGGGUGUACCCCUCUCUCUGCCGGAUCCCCCGCCCCAGCCGCCGCUCCUCAGUCCGCCGCCGCCGCAGCGCUGCUCUGCCCUCAGGGCGCCGAUUGGUUCCUUCUAGUGUUGAUUUCUCUGUACAAUGAGCUGGAGAAUUCCUCUUUUUGGCUCUCAGCAGCAGCAACCUGAUCCAAAUUUCCAGGACAUCCCUGCGCAGUCUUGGUACCCUCCCUCAGGUUCGUCUUCACGUCCAUCCACACCUGGUUCUUCCAGUGCUAGUCCACAUCAAAGAGCUUCAGAUCAUCCUCAGUCUUCAUCGCGUGGCCAGCCAUCUCCAGCUGAAGCUGUGGGGAUAAUCGCUCGUUUAAAGGAUAAGAGUAUUGAUGAGUUACAGAGGUUGUUGAAAGACAAGGAGGCAUAUAAUGCAUUCUUCAAUUCACUUGAUCAAGUGAAAACUCAAAACAAUGUACGGGAUGAGCUUAGAAAGGAGACUUUGCAACUUGCAAGGGAAAAUUUAGAGAAGGAGCAGCGGAUCCUGGAGCUCAGAAACCAGUGCACUAUAAUAAGAACCACAGAACUGGCGGCUGCUCAAGAUAGAUUGACUGAUUUGGAACGGCAAAAGGAUGAGAUCAUGAGGUCCUAUUCACCUGCUGCGCUGCUCGACAAGCUCCAAAUGUCAAUGGCGAAGUUGGAUGAGGAGGCCGAGGAGCUGCACCAGAAGUUCCUCGAGAAGGACAUCGACCUGCCUACCUUUGUGCAGAAGUACAAGAAGCUCCGCACUGCCUACCACAAGCAGGCGUUGCUUCAUCUCGCCGGCCAGACAUCGCUUCGCUGAUAUCCGUGGGCUGUCGUGUUGGACAAAUACCUAUUCAUUCUCGUUUUACACUACUAUGUAUCUAUCUGUUUGGCCCUGUUUUUAGUGCAGCAUAUUGUAGGGCUUGCCAAACACCAAAUGGAGAUUGCUGUAUAGUUAUGUCUUGCAUUGCGGGGAUUGUUGCAUUGCAUUUUACGUAUGGUGCCCGUGGUGCGACUAACGAGUGACAAAGUCGGAUUUAUAUACGGUCAUCAUCAAACCAAUUGCAUUCAUUUUGUAUA